GUUUCGGCUGUAUGGUCUCGCAAAAUUAUGAAAUACCACCUGUUAUCGUUGUAUAACCUCUACUCGCUGCUGCCAUUUCCAUUUGCUUCUCCCGCAUGACUAAAGCAGCUAGCGCGCCACCGCCUAAUUUUCUCCACCAUCAAAUACAUCGUUGCCCAACGUGUGAUAUUUGACAACUCGCGGUAUUUGCAGGAUUCAAGAGAUAUUGCGAAAAUGGGAGACGUCCUUCUUGAUUAUUUCCGGAGCGCUCUGCCCGAAGAGCUCGCCAGCGUGCUCGGAGACACUCUGAAAGCCGUCGAAAGCGGAGAUUUUCUAACGGUACUCCAAACGCCCGAAAUUCAAAUUCUAUUAGGCCACCAGGACGACGACAACACGCGGAGUACCCAGCUCAAGGACUUCCCGUCAUGGAGUGAUUACAUCUUCCACCGCCUGGGUUUGAUCCUGUCAAAUCGAACCGGAGAAACUGGUGUUCCGAUUGAACAGACGCCUGCCUAUCGCCAGAACCUGUUCUUCCUGGCGGCGGUUGCCGCGCUCUAUGCGUUCCUGCAGUCUAAUGUCACGGGGCCUCCGCUCCCGUUCACUUCGGCUGAAAUACUGCUUCCGAAGGAUAUCACAUCGAGCACCACAGCACUGAGCAAGCUGCGAGCCGAUCUCGUUGCCUCUCUUAGUGCGGAUGGCGUCGCAGCGUUUGCGCUGACACCUAACAUGGAGCUUCUUUGUCUUGCAGAAACCAUCCUGGUUUCUCCCCCAAUCCAGAAAUACGUGGAGCACUCAUUCUGGGCCAGACUGCGAGUGAACUUCAUCCACCAGCGGUUGCUGUCAGAGCCGGCGCCCUCACUGCAGAAGGCUAUCUAUGAUGACCUGGCGACAGUCGAGCGCAUGAUCCUAUCCAGGUCUCCAGAAAAGGAGGCGAAGGAUUUGCAUGUUCAUUUCUUGCUGGAGCGGGCAGCUAUUCAUACCCACCAUGGCUUCGACAAGAAAGCGAAGGCCGAUCUUGACCAGGCAACUUCAGAGAGGAAGUUUGAAUUCGCUCUGACUGGGUUGAUGGGCAAGCGGACGAAGUUCCAGCAGAAGGAUACCAGCCAGCUUUUGGUAUUGGCGCGCAGUGCAGGUUCGGAGACAACCGGAUCAUCCGAAGAAACAGCGUCGAAGCCUAAGGCUCUGGAUUUGAAUGACGAUACUUUGUUCGAGUCGAUUUCCUUCACUAAGGCCGCGCCAACCGAGAUUCAAAACGAAUCUUCGUUGCCGGCUAGUCUUGCGUCCCUGGACCCCGAGAACCAACCCAAACUAGACCCUCUGGACUCGGUGAUCCUGCUCGAGCUGGCGUCUUCCAUCACUAACACUAACCCCGCCGAUGGCAUCACAAGAGAGGAGACGAUCCCGUAUGCUACGCGAGUCUUAGAAGGCGGGAGCUCGAACUGGCAGGUCUAUACCCAAGCGUUGCUUGUUCGAAGUCGCAUUGAGGGUUACAAAUCUCGAACCAUGGAAAGAGGACUUCUACAAUUGCAGGCCCUUGUAGACCAGGUUAUCGCGGACACCUCUGGUCAAGCGACCACGGACGCGGAAACUGGUACUCAAGUGACUUCGUUCCUGCCGAAGGCACAAGAAGGCGAAUCCGCCCCAGUUAACGAGCGUCUAAGAUAUGUUUUUUCGCUAUGUUCUCCGUCGCGCUGGGAGUUAGAGGCCGAGCUCGCCGCCCGAUGGGUCAGCCUGGGCGGUCUGCGGACUGCGCUGGAGAUCUACGAGCGCUUGCAAAUGUGGGCCGAGGCCGCGUUGUGUUAUGCUGCGACUGAGAAAGAGGAAAAAGCCAAGCGUAUCAUUCGAAGGCAGCUGUUCCAUGCAACGAAUGGCAACGAUGAGGCGGCCGAUCCCGACGAGGAGAAGUGGGAAGGCGCAGAACGUGAUCCAGCCCCCGGAGAAGCCCCACGACUUUACUGUAUCCUGGGAGAUAUCGAUGCAGAUGUGGCCAUGUACCAGAAGGCGUGGGAGGUUUCAGGCAAGCGAUAUGGUCGUGCACAGCGCUCGCUGGGUCAACGAUACUUUUCACGUAAGGAAUAUGCGGAAGCCGCAGAAGCGUAUGAGCUAUCUCUCAAGACCAACUCUCUAAACCAUCCCGCCUGGUUCGCCCUCGGCUGCGCCUAUCUCGAGCUCCUUCGCUUCAAAGACGCCGUGGAAGCCUUCUCCCGCUGCGUCCAACUCGACGAUGAAGACGCCGAAGCCUGGAGCAACCUCGCUGCCGCCCUCCUCCAUCUCCGCCCCAAAACAUCCACAAACGAGGACGGCGAGCUCUCCGAAGCCAAAGUCACCAACCACCCGCGCACCGACGCUCUCAAAGCCUUCAAGCGCGCCGCCGCCCUCAAGCACGACAACUACCGCAUCUGGUCCAACGUGCUCGCCGUCGCGGGGUCUACGAACCCGCCCUCCUGGUCCGACGUCGUCAACGCGCAGCGCCGCAUCUGCGAGAUCCGCGGCGCCACCGAUGGCGAGGCGUGCGUCGACGACGAGCUGCUCGAGCUCCUCGUGCGCCACGUCGUCCAGGCCGACGGUGGCUUUGAUGUCAGCAAGCCCGGGCUGCCCCGCAUGGUCAACGAGCUCGUCGAGAAGCACAUCAAGCCGCUGAUUACUGUGUCUCCCACGCUGUGGAACACCUUGGCCACGCUGUACAUGCACAGCAGCCGGCCUGGGUCGGCGCUCGAGUGCCACGAGAAGGCGUGGCGGGCGGUGACGAGCCAGCCGAAUUGGGAGACUAAGGGGGAGAAGGAGUGGGAUGGGGUCGUGCAGCAGACGGUGGAUCUGGUGGAUGCUUAUGAGACGCUGGGACCGAGGGAGCGGACGGAGGGACUGGGCGCAGGGAGUGGGGAGCUGGUGGCAAAGGAUUGGAAGUUCAAAGCUAGGAGUGCAGUGAGGAGUGUGAUGGGCAAGGCGAAAGAGGCGUGGGAGGAUAGCGCGGGGUGGGAGAAGCUGAAGGAGCGGCUGGACGAGCUUAAGAACAGGGAUUGAGCGACUGUGAGAGGAAAGCUGCUGCGGAGACGAAGAAGUCGUAGAUGCACUCUCGAAAGUAGCGAUUGGACUGAAAAGUUAACGUUAACAUCACUUGCAGUCCCGCGUCGAGAUACAGCCUCAGGUGUAUAAGCGCGUGGAUGUGAACGCUUGCCCUCUCCUCAGUACCGUGCUACGCUUGCCAUACAACCCCUCAAACUGACAACAACGCCGCU